UACGCGGCCGUGUGCCUGGUGCUGGUGGCGGCCGUCAUGGGGCUGUACCACGCGUGCACGCGGCAGAACGCCGUGCUGGCCGGCUUCAUGGUGCCGGCGCUCAUCAUGCUGCUCUACUUGCUGUGGGUGCUGUACUCGGCGUCGCGCGCCCGCGCCAAGCAGCGACUCCUGCAGGCGACCGCCGCGGUGAGCCCCGGCCCCCUGCCCCGCCCCGCCCCCGUCACGGCCCCCCCCUCGCCACCACCCCCGCCCACCCAACACCACCAACCACCCACAACCCACGGCAAGCACCACGGCACGCACCACACGCACCACCACGCGCAAGCGCAUAAGAUCCCCAAAGUGGUGGUUCAAGGACCUACUCCAGUGCGAGAAUUAGAGCCAGAGAAGAUAGUUUGAAGAUCCACAGAAUCCCACGCAAUCUGUAUAUUGGUUCGCACUCUCUAGAUCUGAACCCUAAAAUUUGAAGGGAAAGUACAGUUCCUCAGAUACAGUCUACCAGCCCACGUACCCGACAGAAUCGAUCGUCGGCGUUUUCCGGAGGAGCAAAUGGUACUGUUGUAGGUGAACCAUCGGGUUGAUGCGGUCAGCGAGAGUCAAACGUCGAAAGUGAAAAGCUUUUGUGUCGACCGCCGCUGUCGCCUAGGGCGAUCGAACGGCAGCCUGUUAUUCCUUCGACAGAACAAACGAGCACGUGUGAGACAGAAGGAACGAAUUAUUCCCUAUCCAAAGAACUUUGGAACUUCACUCCGCUCUAUCCUUGCGCUGAGUGGUCGGGCGUAAAUAUUUUAGACUGGAGAAUCAAUAAGCGUUGUGUGAGCAUCCGCGAAUACAAUUUCGCGCCCGUCAGGCAUGUAUACUCCGCGCAACGGGUGUUCGGAGAAAUGCGUGUAAAUAUUGCACGGGUCUUAAGUCCACGUAGUAAAAACGUGUCGGCCUUUCUGCGAAAGUGGUUGCCAGCGUCGGCGAAGACGGCCGCUUCGAGGACACGGAACGCCUUCUGGAAGGGCGUGACUUGAAGUCGCUCCAGUGCAAAGGCACUUAAGCCGGAGUAUUCUGUGAAACGAUUCACUGAAAUAUCUGGCAAUGCCGACGUCAUGCGUGUUUGAGACAUGUGAACAAGUUAAAACGUUUAUUUACGGCUCUGUGCGGCGUGUGUAUGUGCGUUGAUUGGAAGUUGGCAAAUGGGUAUCAAUUACGUCUUAAAAGAACAUUUUGGAACUGAGGAAGAGGAACGAGAAGAUCGUUUUGGAGUUUCAAACACUUAGUGAAACUUGUGGAAGAUGUUCCAAAGCAAAAUACAUUAUGUAAGUAAAAGACAAAAACAGAAGUGGAAUAAUGUUGAUUUAGCUAGAAUUUAUAUCAAGAGAAUUUUACCGUCUGACAAUGGUAACUUUUAUUAUUCUCUCAUCCAA